GGACGGCGCAGAGGCACUGCCGCAGCGCUUCCUUCCUGCCGAGCAGCAGGAAAGAGAUCUGUCCUUAAAAGCGUUUCAUUGAGGUCGUGAUGUCCGAGAGCAACACGCCGCUGAUAGAACACCGGCUGUUUCGGGACUUCGCCGGUCAUGAGAGAGGACGCUGCACACGUGCACAGCGCCCAUGCAUCCAUCCGCUCACUUCCUGUGUGUCGUGGCAAUGUCACGUUAUGUCAGGUUGGAAGCAGCAUGCCAAGGGCGGCCCGGCGCUGCUGUCUGUGUCGGCUGUAGUGGGUGGAACGCUUCAGGUCCUCGCAGGUGCGUGGGCGGGAGGGCCCUGUGUGCUGGUCGGCUACCUGCACGCGGGGCGCGACACCAUCCAUCCAUCCAUGUCUGCAUUGGAUGCGCUCCUCUCUCUCUCUCUCUCUCUCUUGUGCAGGUUUGGUGACCGCUCUGACGCAAUUGCUGACACUGCGUCCACUCAUUGCCCUGCUCAACAUAUACAUGAUCGUCUUCGGGCUAUUCAUCAUCGCUAUCGAGGUGGGCGCAGGCAGCGAUUCUGUAUGAUGUCUAUCCACUCUGUGUGACGCGCGUGUAUGUGGAUGCAGGUGGCGAGAUGGACCACAUUUCUGGGCAUCCGGCACUGGCUGCAGCAGUGGUUCAGAUUCACACAGAGAUGUGAGGGAGCUGACUGAACGGCCACAAGAACACAGCGAGAGUAUGGUGUGUGCGUGUGUGUGUGCGUGUGUGUGUGUACAGGCAUCGGCCGUGGUGUGCUUCACCUUUUUGUAGCAACGUUUGCUCUCAUACAGUUCCCAAACCCACUGUCGACCGUCACAGGUAGCCGACACCAACCAGCAAAGCCGUCAGAUGCACGUCAUGUCAUGUCAUGUCUGCACGUCCUUGAUGCAUCCAUCGACUGCAGGUGCCAUACUGGGCCUGGUCGGCAUCGCGACUAUCAUAACGGGCAUCUACGCGGGCUUCAAAGUGCAGGAACUCCACCAGGUGCGUAUGUGCCUAUGUGCUGCCCAGACUGACACGCCCAUCCAUUAAUGGCAUUGAUGAACGAAUGUGCCCGCCCGCCCGUCUGCAUGUGUGUGUCCUGUCGUGUCCUGCAGGAGUUGAAGGCCAAGUGUGGGGCCAUCGACCGUGCUGGCGGCGAGGGCCCCUUGGGCUACGCUGAGGUGAAGUGGCAGUUCGCCCUGAUGGAUCAGGACGGCAGCGGCCAGGUGACGCGCAACGAGCUGGACGGGUGGCUCAAGAAGAACAACAUUGCCGUGAGCGAGCUGGAGCUGGAGGCACUCAUGGCCUACCUCGACCCUGACGGCUCCGGGAGCGUCAACCUGGAUGAAUUCUAUGCCUGGUUCAUCUCCAGGCACGGCUGGGGGCCAGCGUGGGUGUAGAGAGAGAGGCGGGGAGGCAGACAGGCAGGCAGGCCACGGCGAGUGGGUGAGCGGAUCUGUAGCCAUUCACUGCGUAGGUAGGCGCUUCUAAGGUAUUUUUCGAUGUGAGCCGAAGGUGGGCGGAUGGCUGGGUGAUAUCUGGCAUCGUCGUCCUUUGCUCUUGCCUCGGUGGGAAGGAUCUCGCGCAGUGGCAGGCGUUCAUGCGACUGCCUGCCACUGAGUGGCGUGCUUCUCCCGGAGCUCAGAACAGAGAGACGAGACGGCCACAGCAACACAGAUUUGUGGCAGGCAGGCCCUGUGCACCCACAGAGGCCUUUUAUGUAUGCAUGUGCGUGUGUGGGUGUGCAUGUGGGCAUGUGUGUGUAAGCGCUGCGUAUAUGCGUCCGUCCCAAUUUUCUCGCCAUGCCACCAUGCGUGAUUUUCCAUGCGCUUUAUGGGACUGUGUGAGGCGCUUGACAAUUCAGAACAGCCAACGCGUUAGUUCUCAUGUCGGUGUGUCUGCGUGUCUGCGUGUACGGUAUAUAUAUGUGUGUGUGUGUGUGAACACUGUGUGCGUACAUAUGCGCCACCAUCCGUGUGUGAAGAUUCAUCCGUGCGUGUGGACAGCUCUCAAUUGAUACGUAC